AUUCACUGUUUUCUGUCACACUGAUGCUUUUAUCUGGAAAUAAUCACAUCUAUACAAUAACCAUAACUAUAGAAAACUGUAACUAUAGAAUAGGAUUUUGAGCAAUUGAGAACAUAUUUUUGUCACUCAUUUUAAUCAGCAAAACCAAUGUUUAAAUCUCUGAAGCUCAAGCAAAAGGUGAAAAUGGAUCCGGUGGCUGUUGGAGAUCCCGCUUGCGCUUUACACAGCGAGAAACUCCAACUCUUCUGUCUGGAGGACAAACAGCUUGCGUGUUUGGUGUGCAGAGACUCAGAGAAGCACGUCAGUCACACAUUCAGACCCAUCGCUGAAGCCGUUUCAUCAUACAAGGAGGAGCUCAAAACAACACUGAAGUCCUUACAGUUUAAACUCACACAAGAGUUAAAGACGAGAGGAGAGCUGGAGAAAACAGUUCAACACAUCAAGUCUCAAGCUGAUCACACACUGCAUCAGAUUCAACACGAGUUCAAGAAACUUCAUCAGUUUCUUCGAGAUGAAGAAGAAGCUACAAUCACUGCACUGAGGGAGGAAGAGGAGCAGAAGAAGCAGAAGAUGAAGGAGAAGCUGGAGGAGAUGAACACACACAUCUCAGCUCUUUCACAGACGAUCAAAAACACGGAGGAGAUGCUGAAAGCCAAUGACGUCUGCUUUCUAAAGGAGUUUCCAGUCUCGAUGGAAAGAGUCCAGAUCUCACAGCCGGAUCCACAGACGCCUUCUGGAGCUUUGAUUCAUGUGUCUCGCUACUUGGGGAACCUGCCGUUCAGAGUCUGGAAGAAGAUGCAGGACAUCGUCCACUACACUCCUGUGAUUCUGGACCCAAACACUGCAAAUCCACAUCUCGUCCUGUCUGAUGACCUGACCAGUCUUAGAGACAGCUUUUUAAACAGUAAACCACUUCCCGACAAUCCAGAGAGAUUUGACUAUUACUCCUGUGUUCUGGGUUCAGAGGGUUUAAACUCAGGAAAACACCGCUGGGAUGUGGAGGUUAAAAAGUGUUCAAUCUGGAGUCUUGGAUUAACUACUGCAUCAAACCAGAGGAAGGGACGUGAUUUCUUUAACACUGGGGUUUGGUGUGUGAGCUUUGGAUUGUAUGAACCAUCUGGUUUCAUCGUUAAACAGAGUCUUGAGCGUGUGAGAGUUGAUCUGGACUGUGACAGAGGAACAGUGUCUUUCUCUGAUCCUGUAACAAACACACAUCUACACACAUUCACAACCACCCUCACCGAGUCUGUCUUUCCGUUCUUCUGUAGUAUUUAUCAACUCAGGAUCUUACCAUUUAGAAGUUAGCAUUAGAGAUCGGUAUAGUGUACAGCUCUACACACCAUCAGCUUUUGUCUUUACCCAAGUUGGCACACACAGGGCUGGAUCUGGGUUGAUUAAUAGCAAUGCAGAACUGUUCUACAUGGAAAAAAAUAAAUGCUUAUCAAACACACUUUUAAAACCUAAAUCACGAAUAAUUCAAGAUAAUUAAAAGAACAAGUCAGAAACAGAUAAGCAUUCUGUAAAUAAGCUUUUAUUUAUCCUCAACAUUUUCACAGACUGUUUCAUGUAGGAUUUUCAAAGGCAGCUUCAUCGAGCCAAUAAAUAAAACAAACAAGAAAAGAAGCUUGCUAAUAAUUAUGUACAUCUUGAUAUAAGAAUGUUGAUCUCCCUUGGGCACACCUUUGAUCACAACACAAACACACAUCACCUGAUAUAAAGAUUUAACAGCUUGGGGUUAUCAUAAAAAUGAUGAGAUGGUCAAAAUACUGAGUCAUUUGGCAGGCAGUGUAAAAACCAGUUCACUAUUAGGAUCGAGUUGUUCUUUUAAAUCACAGGUUGUUCUUUUAAAGCCGCCAUAACACACAAUGGACAUGGAUCAGCUCUUGUUUAACUAUUUUGCAACUCCCAUAGAAAUCCAGAUCAGUGUUUAAUGUGAGUUCUGCUCAUUUUGGAAUAUGGGAAUGGCUCUGUACGUUAAAGGUUUUCUUUAGCACCAAACACCAUCCCUAUUAAACUUUAAUGGCCCUCAGCAAUAGAAUAAUAUUAAUUUAAUUAAUUAAAAGUAAAAUCAAUGUUUAGCACUGAACACAUUUUACAUGACACUGUGCUUAUUUUCAGCGUGUUACAGUAAAAAAGAAAAAAAAAACUGUUGAAAUAAAAAAGUGAGAAGCCCAC